AUGGAGAGUGCGGACUAUGAGAGUGGUUCUACUCCCGGAUCGCGUAGGCUCACUAGGGUGACUAGUGGGUCUAAUAUUGUUUCUAAUGCACGAAUUAAUGUUUCGAAAAUUAAUGCACUUAGAGUCUCGGUUGAUAGAAAUAGUGACGUUAUUUCUAAGCUGUUACUGUCCAGCAAGGAGACUGUUGAAAAGAGAUCCUUGAUUGAGUCGGCUUUUAGGGCGUGCAGAGAGGCAUUUAUCGAGGUAUCAACGGUGCUUGCUCAUAUUCUGGAGGAGAGGCCUGUGGACCACCCUACUCUGGAUGAUAUUAGAGGUGUUGUCACGGAAGUGCUUGAGGAUGGACUGGGUGCGGCAUGUCGAGGGCGAGCGGGAUUGGAUCCAUGCGGAGCCCGAGGGGUGUCUGACUCUCAGCCAUCUUAUGCUUCUGUUGCUGGCAGGAGCACGAUUCGGGUUUCUGGUGGUCCUACAGUGAGUGUGCCACCUUCUACGUCUUUUCUUAUUGUACCUAAGGAAGGUGUCAAAAAAUAUGAGUCCUCGCAGGCUACCAAAGAAGCGUUGAGCAAGGUAUUUAAGCCUUCCGACUGUGCAUUAAAAAUCAAUCGAGUGUCCUUUGCUAACAAAAAUGGAGUGAAAAUUGACGCACUGUCUCCAAACAUUGACGCUAUCAAGACACAUCCAGGUCUAGCCAGGGCAGGAUUGGAAGUUGUUGAGAGCACGAAAAUGAAUCCAAGGCUCAUCAUUCAUAAUGUACCCAUUGACAUGACAUCUGACGAAAUCUUGGACGAAAUUGCUGCUCAAAACCUGGAAAACUUUGAUAAGGCAGACUUGAAGGUGAUCUAUUUAUUUCCUGCUAAGGCUGACAAACGCACUACGAGCUGUGUCCUGGAGGUUUCACCUAUGAUAAGAAACAUGUUGUUAAAUCGAGGUCGUAUUUAUCUGAGAUACUCUGCCUGCAGAUUUGCCGAUUAUGUGAGAGUCUUGCAGUGUUACAACUGCCUUGCGUUCGGACAUUUAGCCAAGAAUUGCGGAUUGAAAACGACCUGUGGAUAUUGUGGAGGCGAACAUCAGAUGAGAGAUUGUGAUAGGAGGGUAACUCUAAAAUGCGGCAACUGCUUGCGGAGUAAACAAUUUUCGACUGGAGACCUGGGUCAUGCAGCUACAGAUGCAAAGAAGUGUCCAAUUCUGAGCAGAAAAAUUUCCAGCAGGAUAUCUAGCAUCAACUAUGGAUAA